AUUUGAUGAUGUUUGUUUAAAACUUGCUCUUCAAUCAGAUCCUGAUUUUCGUUGGUGUCAAAGUGGAUCUGAAUGUGGCUCUGGACAAAUUCACGUUGAAGGAAAUAAGUCGCCUAAGAUGAUUUGUGAAAAAUGUGGAAAAGCAACUUGUUAUACGCAUAAUGCAUCUUGGCAUGAAGGUAUAACUUGUAAUGAAUAUGAUAUUAAAAAUGGUAAGACCGAUAUAGAAUCCCAAGCUUAUCUGGAAAAGAAUACUAAACCUUGUCCAAAAUGUGGAAUUCAUAUUCAAAAAAUUGAUGGAUGUGAUCACAUAAAAUGUAAAAUUGAAAGUUGUCUUAUGGAAUUCUGCUGGUUGUAG